UUGGCCCCUCCCCAGAACCCCCACUGCUGUUACUUCAUGUUCUUAGAACCCUGAAUCCUGUGACCAGCUUGUCGGCAGAGAUUAAUCUUGAUGUGUGUUUUUGGGUUGCAUGAAAUCCAUGUCUGUCACAGUGUUAAAGGGGCAAACGCAUGUUAGACAAGGUACUUACAGAGUCAAAGCUCUGCAGACUAAUUUCUCACGCAUGUUAUCCUGGAGAUGUGGCGGCAAAAGGACUCAUAAGACACACUUUAGUCAUACCUGUGAGGAGAAAUGCAAGUUUUGAGUGUUAUUUUUUAACAGAGUUCAUCUUCAUCUUUAUUAAUGAUGUUUUUUGGGGUCUAUUCAGGUUGUUUGACAUCUCGUGUCAAGUUGUCCAGGGGAAACUGGUGAGCCAGAUCAAGGCCUGGCAGAUCAGACAGAGCUGUCUGUACGCAGGAGAGAGGUGCUCAUAUGAGCUCGUGUCGUCAGCACCUUACCUGAUCACAGCCACACACACGUCUUCAACCACCAGGAAAGUGAGCGACCUGCAGUUUCUCCUGGAGCAGUCCACUGUUUGCAAAAUGACCGGCGAGGCGGUGUCUGAGUUCUCCAAAGAUCCAGCUGACAAUAGCACAAACUACUGCAGCCUGCAGAACCUGAUGGAUGGAAGUGACCUCAUCAAUGCUGAGGGAUACAAACAGUUCAGCAAUAAGUAUAUCUGCUCUGGCUUUGAUACUGCCAACUGCACCUUAUAAUAGCUGAGAAAAUGUUUCUAUGUGUGUUCUGCUUCUCUGUUAUUUCUGUAUGCAUCAUGAGGGUUGGUGUCAUAGUUUGAAAAGUGCUUUGUUAUCACCAGUGGUGGACAAAGUAUACAGCUUCAUUACUUAAGUCAAAGUAUAGAUACUUCAAGUAAAAUAUUACUCCAAUAGAAGUG